AUGAUGGCAUUUAAUCGUUUUACAAUAUUUAAAUUUUCACAACUAAAAAUAUUUAAAAGACAACUAAGUGUUGUAUCAGAGCCGCAAUUUAUUGGGAUUAAAUCGAAAUAUACAAACGAUCUCAAGUUUAUAAACUCUGAAAAUUAUGAAACGAUUCCAAUUUACAGAAUUUUAUCUGCUUCAAUUAAAAACGACUAUCCGAUUAAGCUGGAUCAAGAUAAAUUGCUAAAAAUGUACCGAGACAUGAUACGAAUUUCGGUAAUGGACAAAAUUUUAUAUGAAUCUCAAAGGCAAGGACGAAUUUCAUUUUACAUGACAAACACCGGAGAAGAAGCAAUACAGAUUGGAUCUGCUUCUGCUCUUACAUUGGAUGACAUUGUAUACGGGCAGUAUCGCGAAGCCGGAGUGUUAAUGUGGCGUGGUUAUAGAUAUCCUCAAUUUAUAAAUCAAUGUUACAGCAAUUGUGAAGAUCCUGGUAAAGGAAGACAAAUGCCAAUCCACUAUGGCUCUAAAGAAUUAAAUUUUGUAACUAUUUCAUCGCCUCUCACCACACAAAUGCCCCAAGCAUCAGGAGCUGCUUACGCACUUAAAUUGAAUAAUCGUGAUGCUUGUGUCGUUUGUUACUUUGGUGAAGGAGGAGCCAGUGAAGGGGAUGCCCAUCCAGCUUUUAACUUUGCCGCUACUCUAGACUGUCCAAUUAUUUUUAUAUGCCGUAAUAAUGGAUACGCAAUAUCGACUCCAGCAAAUGAACAGUACCGAGGUGAUGGAAUAGCAGCUCGUGGGCCAGGCUACGGAAUUCAUACAGUCCGAGUUGAUGGUAAUGACAUACUCGCAAUGCAUCACGUUACUAAAGUUGCAAGGGAUUAUUGUAUUACUAAUAAAAAGCCAGUUUUAAUAGAAGCCAUGACUUAUCGUAUAAGUCAUCACAGUACAUCAGACGACAGUACAGCUUAUCGAUCAAUCGAGGAAAUAAAUAAAUGGAAUCAAUAUUCACCUAUCCUGAGAUUUCGGGAAUAUUUAAAUAUCAUUGGACUGUGGGAUGAUGAAAAAGAAUCAGAGCUUCAGAAAUCAACGCUUAAAGAAUUUAUGACAGAGUUUGCUAUCGGUGAAAAAAAAUCAAAGCCUCACUGGAAAGAAUUGUUCUCUGAUGUUUAUCAGGACAUGCCACCUCACAUUGAGAAACAAAUGCUAACAAUGGAAGAACAUUUAAAGGAGUACGGUGAACAUUACCCGCUCAAUGAUUUUCAACCAAAAUGA